AUGUCGAAACGUACAGCAGAUGCCGGCGACGCACAGACUCCCCUCAAGGGAGGCGAUCGUCCCGAGCCCAUGGAUGUCGACGACAAGGAAAUGGGAGAUUUCGCCGAUGAGUUUGAGGACGACUUCGAGAGCGAAGACGAAAUCUUGGAAGCUGGUGUCGACGGCAGGCCCGAUGCCGAACGCGAGGCCGAGGAACACGCAGCCGCCGGCGCCAUGGAAGUCGACAACGGGACCUUCAUCGUCGGUCGCAACAAGCUGGAAAGCGGCCAACAUCUUGCGCCCGACCUCGGCACCUACGAGAUGCUGCACAGCCUCAGCACGCCCUGGCCGUGUCUCUCGUUCGACAUCGUCCGCGAUGGCCUCGGCGACAAGCGGGAGAAGGCCUACCCCGCGACCAUGUACACAGUCGCCGGCACCCAGGCCGAGGGCAGCCGCGAGAAGGAGAACCAGUUGAUGGUCAUGAAGUUCAGUGGUCUGAGUCGCCAGCAGCGCGAAGACGAUUCCGACUCGGACGACGACGACGACGAUGACGAGGAGGCUGACCCCAUCCUCGAGUCCAAGUCCAUCCUGCUGACCUCGACAACGAACCGCAUCCGUGCCCACCAGAUCCCCUCAUCAGACAUGUUCAAGCCACCGACUACGCUGACCGCCACCAUGACCGAAUCCUCCAACGUCUUCAUUCACGACAUCACGCCGCACCUUGCAUCGUUCGACAACCCCGGGACCAUGAUUACGCCGCAACAGAACAAGCCCCUUUCGACCAUCCGGGCACACAAGUCCGAAGGUUAUGCGCUCGACUGGUCGCCUUUGGUGCCCGGCGGAAAGCUGUUGACUGGAGACAACGAUGGCCUGAUAUAUGGGACGACGCGGACGGACGGUGGGGGCUUCGUGACGGAUACGAGAGCUUUCCAGGGCCACACUGGCAGCGUCGAAGAGAUCCAGUGGAGCCCCCAGGAAGCGUCGGUGUUUGCUUCAGCUUCGAGCGACGGCACCGUUCGCGUGUGGGAUGUACGCAGCAAGAGCCGGAAACCUGCCAUCACGGUUCAGGUCAGCUCGACCGACGUUAACGUCAUGUCCUGGUCCCGACUGACAACCCACUUGCUUGCCACUGGUGCUGAUGACGGCGUCUGGGGAGUCUGGGAUCUGCGGCAGUGGAAGGGUGGCGCGGAAAAGCCCAGUCCGAUUGCGAGCUUCGGCUACCACAAGGAGCAGAUCACCAGUAUCGAAUGGCACCCUACGGACGACAGUAUGAUGGCCGUGGCGGCAGGAGACCACAAGGUUACACUGUGGGAUCUCUCGGUCGAGCUGGACGACGAGGAGAGCAAGGACACGGCGGGCGUCAAGGACAUGCCGCCCCAACUCCUUUUCGAGCAUAUUUCAGAGCACGCCAAGGAAGUACACUGGCACCCCCAGAUACCGGGCACCUUGGUUGCGACGGGCCAGGAGUUCAGCGUCUUCCGACCGAUCCCCGUCGUGUAUGGCAUCCAUGGCAAAUAG